AUGAGCACGGAUUUUGUGUUUGGCCUCCCGAAAUAUUUGGAAGGCAACACUGGUAUUGUGGUCUAUGUUGACCGAUUAAGCAAGAUGGCUCACUUAGCGGCUGUGCCGGAUAGCAUUGAUGCCGAAGGUACAGCAAAGCUGUUUAUCGACCGUGUGUUUCACCAACAUGGCUUGCCGGUGGCAAUUAUCUCUGAUAGAGACCUCCGCUUCACUGGGAAGUUUUGA